UAAUGGACCAGCAGCAACAGAGGGAGCAUAACUCAUACAUUUAGCCUGCAAGAGUUAACAACAUACAAUUAACGAGUUCAACAAUGUCUCUAAUAGUCACGUUGCUUGUGGUGACAUUAGUUACUCAGUGUUGGAGUGCGCCACAGCGCCGGAACUGGACUCCUCAGGCCAUCUUAUACCUAAAAGGAGCACAAGGACAGCGCACAGUGUUGCAGCGCACAGGCAGAGAGGAAGUGGACACUUUACACAUAGUGACUCCCAACCAGAGCAGUGAUGGACCUGGACUGGCUGUGUCUUCCAUUCUCCUGGAGCUCCUACAGAAAGCUGUGGAAGAAGGUGGAGGCAAUCCAGAUAAUUACGCAGACAAACAAGAGAUGAAUUGGAACUAUUUGUGAAGACAAGUUUUUUUUUUUUUUUAAAGUUAUUUUUUUGGGGUUUUAUUCCCUUUAUUUAGAGGACAG